GGAAGAUCACACCAUCCCUCACCAUCAUCAGGGUGAAGAACUAAAAAACAUCAAACCUGAGAUUAAAGCGGAAGAAGAAGAGGCAUUGAUAAGUGGAGCUCAGCCGUCUAUGGAGGAGGGAGGUCCUCUAUAUUCCUGGGAUUCCACACAGGGAGGUCACACCAUCCCUCACCAUCAUCAGGUUGAAGAACUGAAAGACAUCAAAGCUGAGAUUAAAGGGGAAGAAGAAGGGAUGUUGAUGAGUGGAGCUCAGCAGUUUAUGGAGGAGGGGGUACCUCUGUCUUCCCGGGAUUCCCCAGAGGAAGAUCACACCAUCCCUCACCAUCAUCAGGGUGAAGAACGGAUUAAUAUAAAAGCUGAAGUUAAAGAGGAAGAAGAAGAGACGUAUGUGGGGGGUGAUCAGCCAUCCAUGGAGGAGGUUGGGAUGAUUAUGAAGAGGGAACAGGAUGAAAUUUCUCCACCUUUGGACACAAAUGGAUGUGAUGUGAGGAAUUCCUCGGAGAGACAUCUUCUAUUAUCUGCUGAUUGUAAGUCAGAAGAUAAUGUCAUCACACAGGAUCCUCCAGGAGGAAAUCCAAAUACACAAAAUAUACAUCACAGACCUUCCUGUCCGGAGACAUCAAUGGAUCCCUCUGAUCAGGGGGAAUCUUCUCAUCAAUCACAUACUAUGAUUGUAAAUAUCCAUGUAAGAUCUCACACUGCAGAUAGAUCAACAGAUCCUUCCAAUCCCGAGGAAUCUUCCUCACCCCAUGAAGGAGAUCACCAAGGUGACAAUCUAUUCUCAUGUUCAGAGUGCGGGAAAUCUUUCACUCAGAAAGGAUCACUUACUAGACACCAGAGAAUUCACACGGGUGAGCGUCCCUAUUCAUGUUCAGAGUGCGAGAAAUCUUUCAUUCAGAAAGAAGCACUUAAUGUACAUCUGAAAACUCACACUGGGGAGCAUCCUUAUAUAUGUUCAGAGUGCGGGAAAUCUUUUAUUCAUAAAGGAGCACUUACUAUACAUCGGAGAAUUCACACAGGUGAGCGUCCUUAUUCAUGUUCCGAAUGCGGGAAAUGUUUCACUCACAAAAAUGGCCUUGUUCAACAUCAGAAAAUUCACACAGGUGACCGCCCUUAUUCAUGUUUAGAGUGUGGGAAAUUUUUCACUCAAAAAAGGAGCCUUUUUAUGCACAAGAUAUGUUACAUGCGUGAGCGUCCCUAUUCAUGUUUAGAGUGCGGGAAAUCUUUCACUCAUCAAGGAUCGCUUGUUAUGCACCAGAGAAUUCACACAGGUGAGCGUCCCCAUUCAUGUUUACAGUGCGGGAAAUCUUUCACUUACAAAGGGGCCCUUGUUGUACACCAGAGAAUUCACACAGGUAAGCGUCCUUAUUCAUGUUUAGAGUGCGGGAAAACUUUCACUUACAAAGGGGCCCUUGUUGAACACCAGAGAAUUCACACGGGUGAGCGUUCCUAUUCAUGUUUAGAGCGCGAGAAAUCUUUCACUCAAAAAGGGGUCCUUGUUAAACCUCAGAGAAUUUACAGGGGUGAGCGUUCUUAUUCAUGUUUAGAGUGCGGGAAAUCUUUCACUCGAAGAGGGGCUCUUGUUGAACAUCAGAUAAGUCACACGGGUAAGCGUUCUUAUCCAUGUUUAGAGUGCGGAAAAUCCUUCAAUCAGAAAGGAUUCCUUGUUAGACACCAGAGAAUUCACACGGAUGAGCACCCUUUUUCUUGUUUAGAGUGCGGGAAAUCUUUUACUCAAAAAGAAGCCCUUUUUGAACACCAGAAAAGUCAUAUUGGUGAGCAUUCUUUUUCAUGUUCAGAGUGCGGGAAAUCUUUCAUUCUUCAAGGAGCCCUUGUUAGACACCAGAGAAUUCACACAGGUGAGCACUCUUAUUCAUGUUUAGAGUGUGGCAAAUCUUUCACUCAGAUAGAAGGUCCUGUUAGACACCAGAUAAGUCACACAGUGGAGCAUACUAAUUUAUGUGUAGAGUGUGGAAAAACAUUUCACUCUGAAAGGAAACCUUUUGAAAGACCAGAGAAGUCACACAGGUGAGCGUCCCUAUUCAUGUUCACAGUGCGGGAAAUCUUACAUUUGUAAAUAAGACCUUAUUAGACACCAGAUAAUUCACACAGGUGAGCGUCCUUUUUCAUGUUCAGAGUGCAGGAAAUCUUUCAAUAAAAAACAUAAUCUUGUUAACC